AGAAUGACGUCACAAACGGGCGUCUCUUUGGUGAGUUCAAGCCGGGUCCGCCGCGUUGUGACGUGAUAGAGUCCGCGGACCCACCCGUCCGUUUUCUCCGCAGGCACCUGCCUUCGCUCUCCUCAUGGGGCGGGGCGUUGCGAUGAUGAGGGGGCACGAGACUAACCCGACCCCGGGUGGAGCAGGUGGGAUGACAGAGCGCGGCUUCCCUGGGCCCUACCAGAUGGGGGGCCCAGGCCCAGCCUCCUGGACUAGACCCCCGAACUUCGCCCAUCUAGGAUGCCCCCUGGUUCCAGCCUUUCCCACGGGCCGGCCCGGACGGCUGCAGCGCCACCUCCUGAGCGGCGAGUUCGAUCAGCUGCGAGACUUCCCCAUCUUUGAGAGCAACUUUGUGCAGGUGACCCGGUUAGGAGAAGUCGCCAACAAGGUCACCAUGGGGGUGGCAGCCUCCAGUCCAGCCCUGGAACUCCCAGACCUGUUGCUGCUGGCCGGCCCUGCCAAGGAUAACGGAUGCCUGCAGCUCUUUGGGCUGUUCCCCCUGCAGUUCGUCCAGCUCUUCGUCCACGACGAAAGCCGCUGGCAACUCAAGGUCAAGUUCCGCACAGGUCGCGCCUUCUACCUGCAGCUGCGGGCCCCACCCGAGACCCGAGACCGCGAGUUCGGCCAGUGGGUGCGGCUGCUCUACCGCCUGCGCUUCCAUUCGGCCCAGGGAGCCGUGCCCUUCACGCAGGAGUACCCGACGCUAGAGGAAGGCGAGGAGGAGGAGGACGACGACGACGACGACGAGGAGGACGAGCUGAUAGAGCGGGAGGCGCUUCAAGCCACGGAAGCCAGACUUGACCCACAGACCUCUGAACUCUGGGGACUCUGAUUCCUCCAGUAGGCUUUGAGGUCACCAAAGGACCAGAGAUCAAAGUACCCUACGUCAGGGCCAGAAAGAUGAAUUAUUAAAGUUAAUAAAGAUCGGCCACUUAAGAACCAA